GCGGAGAGCUCAGGGCGGCGGUCACUCGUUCUCCGUUAGUCGUUGUUAGUUUGUGUUUGUUGGCCGAGCGAGCGAGGGAAGAUGUCCGGGCGCGGGAAGCAGGGCGGGAAGGCGCGCGCCAAGGCCAAGUCGCGCUCGUCGCGGGCCGGGCUGCAGUUCCCCGUGGGCCGCGUGCACCGGCUGCUGCGCAAGGGCAACUACGCGGAGCGCGUGGGCGCCGGCGCCCCGGUGUACCUGGCGGCCGUGCUGGAGUACCUGACGGCCGAGAUCCUGGAGCUGGCGGGCAACGCGGCCCGCGACAACAAGAAGACGCGCAUCAUCCCCCGCCACCUGCAGCUCGCCAUCCGCAACGACGAGGAGCUCAACAAGCUGCUGGGCAAGGUGACGAUCGCGCAGGGCGGCGUGCUGCCCAACAUCCAGGCCGUGCUGCUGCCCAAGAAGACCGACAGCCACAAGGCGAAAGCCAAGUGAGCGCCGGAGAACAGA